GAAAAAACAUAACUUGAAUAUUUUUCAAAAAAAAGCCAUUCACAAUUCUAUCAUUUUGAUUAGAAGUGGCUUUUGGGUCUUUAAUUGCGUUCUCCUGACCGUUUUUACUUCGUUGGCUUUCUUCUACUUCUUAAGACUAAUCGAGUUGGCUUCCGAAAACGCUUAAAAAAUGUUUGGAAAGAGAUAUAGAGACAAAGAAACAGGUAUAAUUUACGAUGAAAAUGGAAAACCCUGCAAAAGUUGUAACAUAUUCUCCUCAUUUCAAUCCGCUACGACUGGAAUGAACGCUAGGAAACAAAAUGCUGUUCCUUCAAAAACAGAGUCGCCAAUGACGGAUAUGUCUGAAUCUCAUACAAUUUCAAAUGAAGUACCAGACUCCGUAUCGUUUCCUAGAUUACCAGAUGUUGCUGAGUUAGGCCGUAGCACUUGGACAUUUUUACAUGCCAUGGCUGCUAAUUACCCAAAAAAACCCACCACUGUGGAGAAAACCAAUAUGUCAAGCUUUUUAUAUAAUUUUUCCAAAUUCUAUCCUUGCUGGGCUUGCGCCGAAGAUCUUAGGAUUUGGAUGGCUAAGGAUGGAAACGAUCCUAAAGUGGAGGAUCGAGAAUCCUUAUGUCAAUGGAUCUGUGAAGCCCAUAACGAUGUGAAUGAGCGUUUAGGAAAACCGGUUUUUAAUUGUGAUAUAUGGGCUAAGAAAGCUGCCAGAAUGACGGAUGAAUAAACGUGCUUGAUUUCUCAAUUGUGCUCUCUCCCGCAUUGUUUCAGCAUAGUAUUUAAAAUACGUUUAAGAUUCUUUACUUUUACAAAGCAAUUGUUUAUGAACAACCAACAUACGAGAUGCCAUUCAACAGGAAAGUGCUGAAAAUCAGUUGAAAUGGAAUCUAACUCUUCCAGAAUGAGAGCCAGUUUUUAUUGCAUUAUUUACCUAACCUUGUACUUACGAAUUUUUGACUUUCUUUAUGAAAAUACAACAUGAAAUAAACUACUUUUCUCCUACACAACUUUUCCACGAGAAACCACCGGCAUAAAGAAGAAAAUAUCAUUAAUUAUAAAAACCUGUAUCAUGCAAAGCUGUCAAACGACUCUGUUUGGCAUAAAGUUAUUCAAAACAAG